CAUGCAUAAUUUAUCUAAAUUAUAGAAAAAAGCAACUUUUUCAUUGAUACUGAAUGACACAAAACACAAAAAUUAUGUCAUUUGGGGCAAAGAUUUAAAGUGAGUAAAAAUGAAAUUUGAGAGUUUGGGAAUAUAAGACUUACAUUACCCAUUACCUGCAUGUUGGUUGUAGAAUACUGAUCAAUGUGCUAGCAUCAGCAUUUUCAGGCUGCAAUAAAAGUUUUCAUCCAGAUACAUUGGUGUUUUGUUAGAAUUGUGCAGAAAACCUAUCAAGCUGCUGUGAGAACGUGCAUACAUCUUGCAUCGUGUAUAAGUUGCACUGAGUAUUGUUGCCUCUUGCACUCAGAUCACAAAUGUAGCACUAUUGCUUCUUUUUCAGUUCCGUAAGUGUGGCAGUAUUCUAUUGUUUUUUUUCUUCCUUACUUGAUAUAUUUUUACAUGCAUAGAAGGACAUGUACAUGUGUCCUUCCUCCCCUCGGUAUCUUCAAUGAAACAUCCUUGUAUUAAUAUGGGCACAACGAGUGUGAACAGAGCAUGACCAUAAAUAACCCAAAAGGAAGGUCCUGUUGCAACACGAUGGCAACACCAUUUUCCAGUUAUCUCUAGCUGCGUGUGGGAGAUUAAAGUGAUGCAGAUGGUGGUAUGAAGGAGAGAACAAUGAAAGGACCAAGAAGAGCUUGAGGAAAUGCAGAGUGCUGAUUCCUUUUGCUGAAGAUGAUUCAGACAUGGGCAGUUCAGGCUGCAAUCCUUUUCUUGAUGAUCCAACUGAUUGGAGGGUCAGCUUAUAGAAGCGUGAAUGUGGAGGCUGGUCAUGAGGCUGUGUUGAAUUGCCCAUCAAUCUCCGAGCUGUCUUUGCUAAUGGUGACGUGGAAGAUGAAAUCCAGCACUUCUUGCUUUUUAGCUUAUAGAAGGGAUCUCAAUGAGUCAAGAAUGUUAAACUGCAGUGAGAGGAUGAUGUGGAAAUACUCACCCAAUCACGACCUAGCUCUACGUAUUUACCCCGUGAACCUGAAUGACGAGGGAAAUUACACCUGUGAAAUUGUCAGCAGUGAGGGGAAUUUUCUUUUUCUCUUUUCUCUGACUGUCAUAGUCCCUCCUACAUUGUCUCUGACCUCUGACAAGAACGGAGAGGCUGUUUGCCAAGCUAUUGCUGGAAAACCAGCUGCCAAAAUCUUCUGGAUCCCUGCAAGUAAUCACAGUGUUGAGAAAGAUGUCCACCACCUCAAUGGAACAGUGACCAAGGUCAGCUACAUAAGUUGGGUCAGCAGCACACAUCCUAAUGUCACCUGCCUGGUUACCCACCCAGCUGUGAACCAGUCUCUCUCCCUAGAUCUGUCAGAUGAUUCCUCCAGGCUCCAGUAUCUCCAGAUUGGACUGCCUGCAAGUCUUGCUGUUGUCUGUGGUGUCGGAGUGACAUUAUGUUUGAUUUUAAGGUGCAGGGCUUCCCGGCUACAGAAGAAGGCACAUCAGUCACCAGUACAGACUGUGACUGGAAACUUCGGAUUCACAACUUUACAGCUAUACACACCUGUAAUGGACCCUUACGUCUCACCAGAGGAAAUCUAUCAGAAUUAUAAACCACAAACUACACUUAUGAGCUAAUUAACCAUGUAGGCACCAGCAGACUAUACAAGCUCAACUAUUAAUUAUACUCGGUUUCUUGAGCCUGUCCUUGAUCUAGCAAAUCUCUUAUGCACAGCAGGACAGCAGAAUACUCUAAACUGACCAAGAAAAGCCUUUCUCCUCCCUGUCAUGAAGGGAGCCAGCCGAGCAGCCUGUUUAAGUCACUGAUUCCUCUCUUUCUGUAAAUAUCAGUACAGUUGUUAAAACAUUUGAAACAUGUAAAGGCUGAGGUGGAGAAAUACACAUUUGAUUUUGAUUAGAGAGUAGGUUCUGAGGCAUGUGCCAUUUCCCCUCACAUCUGUAAUUGAUAUAUUUAUGUGACAGAGGAAAAGGCUUGCUGAAAAUAUAUCACUUCUUUGUAGACCACCUUAGCAUCUAGAUUCUCUUUCCAUUCUCAAGAUGGAAACCAGGAAGUGCCAUAAGGAGCCCUAAAAAAAAAAAAAAAAAAAAAAAGACAAGAUGAUCUAUCUGAAAGAAGUACAGGAAUAAGAGUUUUGUUCUAGGUAGAUAGUUACAUGUGGCAGAUGAAAAUCUGGUAUUUUUCAACCUUUUUUUUUUUUUUUUUUAAGUGUUUAUUUUCAAUUAUACUUUCUAUUGCUAAUGGUAGAAGAAAGCCAAUCUGAAUUUGUACUUGACGCGGAAAUGAGAAAUAGCAAUGGGAAAUUUUCUAAGAUUCAUUUUGAAAUAAAUAUGUAAAUAUGCAAA